ACAACAUGUGUGUAUGUUCUUGGGUUUAUCCAAAGGAAAAAUAGAUGUGGAAAUCGGAAUAGCCAUAACAAAAGCAAUAGCAUAGCAGCAUCAUCAUCACCCAUUUUGACUAUGCUGCUAGCUCAACCCAUUUGCAUCUCUCGCAACUUUCCCACUCUCAAUAACAAGUUGAGAACCUCACUUCAACGCCACAACCCUCCAAUCAGAGUUUCACCAAUAGCAUCCACGGGUAACGCUUGCUUCGUUAAACCACUUGAUGUGAAAACCAGAGCCCCUUUGGCUGCGUUUCACAGAAAGCAUUUUAUUUGCCAUAGUUUGAAGAAAGAGAGCCAAGUUGGUAGCAAUGGCAGUGGCAAUGGCAAUGGAAGAGACUGGACAACCUCCAUUUUGCUCUUUCUCUUGUGGGCUGCACUCAUUUACUAUGUUUUCUUUCUCACCCCAAAUCAGACCCCGUCAAGGGACUUCUAUUUCUUGAAAAAGCUCCUGAAUCUUAUAGGAGAAGAUGGUUUCAGAAUGAAUGAAGUACUAGUAUCAUUGUGGUAUAUAAUGGGCUUGUGGCCGUUGGUAUAUAGCAUGCUCCUGCUUCCUACAGGAAGAAGCUCAAAAACCAAUAUUCCUGUGUGGCCCUUCCUGAUACUCUCAUUUUUUGGAGGAGCAUAUGCACUUCUUCCUUAUUUUGUACUUUGGAAUCCACCAGCACCUCCUAUUGAAGAAACUCAACUUAAAACAUGGCCUUUGAAUUUUCUGGAAUCAAAAGUAACUGCAGCGAUAUCACUUGCUGCAGGGGUAGCCCUCAUAACUUAUGCCGGUCUAGCUGGACAAGAUGUGUGGAAAGAAUUUUACCAGUACUUCAGGGAAAGCAAACUUAUCCAUAUUACGUCCAUUGAUUUUACUAUACUUUCCACGUUUGCACCAUUCUGGGUUUACAACGAUAUGACUGCCCGAAAAUGGUUUGACAAAGGUUCUUGGCUUCUUCCCAUAUCAUUAAUACCAUUUUUAGGGCCCAGUUUAUACCUUCUCCUGCGGCCAUCAUUAUCAAGAGUGACCAUUUCACAAACUCCUGUUGAGCCAGAGUAACAUUUCAUGUGAUGACUGCCAAGUGCCAACAAUACAAGUACACAUUUUUUAUGCAACAAAAUGGAAUUUGAUUUAAAGUUUGGUUCAGAAAGACAAUUUCAUUCUACAGAGUCCACUUCAUAAAAAAUAUUGAGAUUCAUCAGCUUAUGCAUCAUCUUGGGAGAUGGAAACUUCUUAUCUACUUCUGCUGUAUGUAAUAAUUUCAUGGAGAGAAGUUUCACAAUUAUCUACAUUUUUAUCAAUAGAUGAGAUCCAGUUUCUAAGAAAGAGCAUUAUUGCUUCUGUGA